AUGGAAGUAGAGCCGUACACAAGCCCCCCUGGCUUGCAGGUGAAGCGGGUAGACCGCAUCUUCGACAUGAACGCCCACACGUGGACAUACGAGGACACCAAGGUCCAUGCUAUCCCCCAGGUGUUUUCUGGUGGCAGGACAUCGGACGGCUCCGACGUCUGGCAAUCGUUCUGUUUCGUGGUCGUCCGCCAGAUACCUCCAGUUCCGGGAGCGGAGUCGACAGUAUCAGUGAUAGUCAAGAGUCCGUACCUGAGAACAGCUUGUCAGGACGUCAUCGGUGAGGUCUCGGGGAUAUCCUGGACGGUCGACCAUCUGGAGCUUUCACCCGACCUGUUUAUCCGGUUUUUCCCUCAGUUCUUAAAGUACCGUCAAGAGCUGGAAGGCAAGGCGAACCGCUCGAGUGAUGAUGAUCAAAUACUCGCCAGCCUCGACACCCUCAUCAACUACCUGCGCGAAGACCACGGCGCCGUCAUCUCCCAGAUUGCCAGCCUACUCAUACACGGAGAGAUAACCUGGGAUCUACUCCACGCCAUUCUACUCCCCAACACACUCCUCGUCAGCACAGACGCCCUGACGAGAGAGCCCUGUGUUCUUCAGCUCAAGCAAUUCCACAAAGGGCUUCGUGGAUACAGCUUGUCUUGCGAGGGUCUUGAUGCGUUGGAUGUCCAGCUGGACGACGACGCUGACUCUGAGCUCACGCUGGCUGCACCCGCGAAGAGAUUCUGUAGGGUCGAGAACACGCGGGGUAUUCCGUGUUUCGAGGGCGUGGUAAAGAUCAAUGCGCUGCCUGCGUACCCCAUCAAAUACCAUAAAAACGAAGCAAGCCUGAGGGCCGCCCUGCUAACUCGGGCACGCAAGUGGAUCGAACUCAACGGGGUGCAACAUGUACGGUAUCAAGGUAUUGCUUUAUAUCACGACUGGAAGUACGAGAUUGAUUCUAGAGUCAUGAUUGACCGAGCUGCAUUCAUGCACCAUUAUCCCGAUUAUGACAAACCUGAGGUCGUCGAUCAAACGGCGUUCGCAGUAGUCUCGGAAGAGACAACGAUCUCGGUGUCAGGGCCUGUACCGCCGCAUACCUUUCCACGCGGCCUAGACGCAGACUUCGAUACUGAGGAGGCCGUCAUCCCACAGUAUCAUGUCUCGCAAUUGUCAGACGAUGACCUGCUCCUUGCUUCGCCUGUGCUGUACGGAUUUAGUCUUUCCGACAAGCUAUGGCUCAAGUCCAAUGUUGAGAAGGUCCACCCCAUUGAAUGGUCCGACGAGCCCUUCAGUAAUCUCGUACUCCCGGGCAAUCGCAAGGAAUUCCUGCGAUCCCUCGUGGAGGCUCACAAUUCCAAUCUCAAAUUUGACGACUUCGUCCAGGGGAAAGGACAAGGUCUCGUCAUCAAUCUGUUUGGUCCUCCCGGAGUCGGGAAGACUCUGUCUGCGGAGGCGACCAGCGAGCAUCUGAAGAGGCCGCUUUAUAUAAUUGGGGGCGAAGACCUCGGCUCCGACGCGAGCACUGUCGACGGUACUCUGAGGCACGUCUUCAGUAUAGUCACGCGCUGGAGCGCGAUUGUUCUCAUAGAUGAGGCAGACGUAUUCCUAGAACAGCGCUCUAUGCACGACCUGUCGCGCAAUGCCAUGGUUGCGGUCUUUUUGCGGCAUGUCGAAUAUUACCGUGGUAUCCUGUUCCUCACCACGAACAGGGUCACGGCUUUCGAUCCAGCCUUCCUGUCUCGUAUCCACAUCGCUCUCCACUUUCGUUAACUUGGGAAAGAAGCGAAGUCUAAGAUCUGGCAUGCUUUUCUUCAGAAGGUCAAGAUGGACGGUCUCAAUGCAGACGAACUAGACAAUCUCGUCGGUCGAGACGUCAACGGCCGUCAGAUCAAGAACGCUACCAGGAC